CACCGCACCUCUGCUGAUGGGCGAGGACACUGACACCACCCGAACACUGAACCACAGCUUCCUCCGAGACCACAACUAUGUGACUGAAGGGCUGCUCGUGGCUUUAGCCUGAAGAGCCCGCCCCGCCUCCUCCCCUCUCCCGGACUCCUCCCCCAGGAUGUUGAACCCUAUCCAGGUCCUGUGCUCCGACAUCACUUCCCUCUCUCUGGAGCCCGAGCCGUUUGCCUCUUACACUGAAGCUGAUAUCAUCUCCACUGUUGAGUUCAACCACACUGGAGAGCUCCUGGCCACUGGGGACAAGGGGGGACGUGUGGUCAUCUUCCAGAGGGAACCUGAGGGUAAGACAGAGCCAUUCUCCCAGGGGGAGUAUAAUGUCUACAACACCUUCCAGAGUCAUGAGCCGGAGUUUGACUACCUGAAGAGUCUGGAGAUAGAGGAGAAGAUCAACAAGAUACGAUGGCUGCCACAGCAGAACGCCGCCCACUUCCUCCUCUCCACCAAUGAUAAGACCGUUAAGCUGUGGAAGGUGAGUGAGCGGGACAAGAGGCCUGAAGGCUACAACCUGAAGGAUGAGGAGGGCAGGAUGAAGAACCUCUCCACUGUCACCUCACUACAGGUGCCGGUGUUGAAGCCCAUGGAUCUGAUGGUGGAGGUGAGUCCUCGGCGUGUCUUUGCCAACGCCCACACCUACCAUGUCAACUCCAUCUCCGUCAACUCUGACCAUGAGACCUACAUGUCAGCUGACGACCUGAGGAUCAACCUCUGGCACCUGGGCAUCACCAACCGCAGCUUCAACAUCGUGGACAUCAAGCCAGUGAACAUGGAGGAUCUGACAGAGGUGAUAACAGCAGCAGAGUUCCAUCCUCACCACUGUAACCUGUUGGUCUAUAGCAGCAGUAAGGGAACUCUACGGCUCUGUGACAUGAGAGAGGCCGCACUGUGUGACAAACACUCCAAACUGUUUGAGGAGCCGGAAGACCCCAGUAACCGCUCCUUCUUCUCUGAGAUCAUCUCGUCUGUGUCGGACGUGAAGUUCAGCCACAGCGGGCGCUACCUGCUGACCAGAGACUACCUCACUGCCAAGGUGUGGGACCUCAACAUGGAGAACAAGCCCCUGGAGAUAUACCAGGUGCAUGAAUACCUCCGAAGCAAGCUUUGCUCCCUGUACGAGAACGACUGCAUCUUCGACAAGUUUGAGUGUGUCUGGAACGGCUCAGACAGUGUGAUCAUGACUGGGGCCUACAACAAUUUCUUCCGGAUGUUUGACCGGAACACCAACCGUGACGUGACCCUGGAGGCGUCCAGGGAGAGCAGUAAGCCCCGGGCCGUGCUCAAGCCUCGGCGCGUCUGCCAGGGCGGGAAACGACGCAAGGAUGACAUCAGCGUGGACAGCCUGGACUUCACCAAGAAGAUCCUGCACACGGCCUGGCACCCCACGGAGAACAUCAUCGCCAUUGCUGCCACCAACAACCUGUACAUCUUCCAGGACAAACUCAACCAGGAGAUGCAUGGCUGAGAGAGAGAGAGAGAGCAGGAGGCUGGAGACAUACACACACUGAUGCAAACAUUCAUUCAGACAGUAAGGCAAGCAAGGACAUGUAACAUAUGCACACACACACACACACACGCACACACACUCUCUCUCUCUCUCCAGAUGACAGGGAGAUGCUGUAAACACACACACUCCACAGUUCUCAGUUAGUCAGGGGGAGCUGGAUAACCCAAUAAGAAUGAUGCUGGAUUAUGGUUAAUGGAAUUCUAAAUCAUGGAUGUGUUGACUGUUGACCUCUGGAUUGUGGCUGAUCUGAUGGUGUUUGUUUUGCUAUUGGUCAUUUUUGCAUUCUGAGGGGUUUGACCUCUUGACAGGAGGAGCUUUCACAUGUCUGCCUUUUUCUGAUCAUCUGCCUCUUCCUCUUCUUCCCCUUCCUCCUCACUCUGUUUCUGUACAUGUCUGUGCUCAGUCCUCUCCUACAGUCUGGACUGAUUCUUGACGUUGGUGUAAAAAAACCUUUGUGGUUCCUGGUGGUAACUAGUGGAAAUGUUUGCGGGAACGUUUGAAGUCUAAUUAUAGUUUUUUUGUUAAAUCAUGAAUUAUCAUUAAUGAUGAUGAUGAUGGUACAAGUGAUGACAAUGACAGUUAAUGGUAGACGAGACAUUAGACAGUAGGACGUUGGGUUCCACAAGGCUGCCUGUCACACCUAGGUGACAUUUAAUCCUGAUGUUUCAGUUGAUUGUGAAGACUGCUGGGGAACUUGGCUGUGUCAUGCUACUUUGCAAUGAAACACAAGGAAUGAAGCAAAAAUCAAGUCCAACAAUCAAGCAAAAAAUAUGCUGCAUGAUGGAUUUUUUUUUUGUUUAUAUAAAUUUACUGGCUGCCUUUCUAACCAUAAACAGGCUGUAAAAAGGCUUCUGGAGCUCUGCCUCUACACAGCACUAGUUACCAUAGACAACAACAAAGAGCUCUCCUUAUGUUUGUGUUUACCAGACACAAAAAGCAUGAUUACCAGUGUUCAGUUUUACGCUGUGCAUUUGAAAUGAAGCCCAAAUAAUAGAUAGUUUUAAAUGAAGAUACUGAACCAGAGGUAUGGGGAAUGUUUUAUCAACGUUGUAAUCUAAACCUUUAAAGGAAUGUUUUAUCAACGUUGUAAUCUAAACCUUUAAAGUUAUGAUUUAUCAGGGUUGUAAUCUAAACCUUUAAAGAAAUGUUUUAUCAACGUUGUAAUCUAAACCUUUAAAGGAAUGUUUUAUCAACAUUGUAAUCUAAACCUUUAAAGGAAUGUUUUAUCAACGUUGUAAUCUAAACCUUUAAAGGAAUGUUUUAUCAGGGUUGUAAUCUAAACCUUUAAAGGAAUGUUUUAUCAACGUUGUAAUCUAAACCUUUAAAGGAAUGUUUUAUCAACGUUGUAAUCUAAACCUUUAAAGGAACGUUUUAUCAGGGUUGUAAUCUAAACCUUUAAAGGAAUGUUUUAUCAGGGUUGUAAUCUAAACCUUUAAUUAAAGGAAUGUUUUAUCAACGUUGUAAUCUAAACCUUUAAAGGAAUGUUUUAUCAACGUUGUAAUCUAAACCUUUAAAGGAACGUUUUAUCAGGGUUGUAAUCUAAACCUUUAAAGGGCCUGAAUGGUAUCUGCUGUAUAUUCAACUCUUUUUGACAUUUCUAGGUUUGUUGUUUUCGGAUCAAGAACCAAGAGUCCAUCUCUGACGAUGGUGUUCAUGGCAACAAGAGAGAGAUUAUUAAACUCUUCCUUCUCGCCUUUCAACAAAUUCAGAAUUUUUUGGAGAAGUUAUUGUUAACUUAUGUAUUUUUUUAACAUCUGUCACUUGUGUUUGAUUUCAUGUCCUGCUGCCCUGGCAUUGAUUCACAUAUUUUGUGUUCAUGUAUUUUCAACGGGAAAAAAAAUCUCAUGAACAAUUACGAAUAUGUUAAUGUUAUUUUUUUUCAGAAUAAAGAUUUCAACAAUA